GCAGAGGGCAGUGGAGCAGACGGCUGACUAAGAGGGCGGCGGUGCGUCCUGCCCAAAGAUCCGUGGAGAGCGUCGAGAACCGAUGAUACUUCCUUCUGCUCGACCGGCCUCACUUCCACCCUUCCAAGGCAUCGGCACUCCCGAGUUGGCCAUUCAUGGUUUUCUGACCGGAUGCUCACCCACCCAGGAGUCCAUCCAGCUCCUUGAAACCUAUCCACGCCGUCAACCCCUCCCCCUCGCUCUCCCCCCGGCCGUCCAGCCAGCGCGGCGAGCCCAGCCAAAACCAACCCACCCACCGACCAACCACAGCGGCCGCCUCCUCUCAGUCCACUGUCCAGGUACCUCAGCACCGGGUCACCACCGAACCUACUGUUAUUUCCAUCCAGUCCCCCCAUCCCCAUCUUUUCCACGAGGAACCACGGCUGCCCAUCUCAGCCUCGUCGCUCGCUCUCCUCCUUCUUUCUCUCUUCCCCUCUCGCUCAAACCUCAAGCCAGAAUCGCAUCUUCGGCCCCCGGAUGCCUAGCCGUCAUCGCCCUCCUCUCUUUCCUCUCGUCACCCUGGUGGUUGCUCCUCUCCGUCGACGCUUCUUCCCCGCUCCCAUGAUUCCAUGACUACCUUUUCUCUUCGUUGUCUUACGGCCCUGGUGGUACAUUGACCUCCUCUCCACCAAGCGACUUUACUGAUCCUCAGCCAACCCCGGGUAGUCCUCCUGUCCGGUCUCCCGGUUAAUUUGCUCUCAUGCAGGUGCGUCGCUUUCUUUAUGCCCGCGUUCUACCAAAAUUUGCCCCUGCUACCUCUUGCCCACUCCGAACGCCCUGCAAAUGCUCCAGGGGCUCCCGGCCU